AUGCCUGGCCCCGACUCGAAUGAACCGCCUCGCCAAGAAGAGCUCGCCAAAGAGUCAGCCCAAUCACAGCCGAAACCGGCUAAAGAACCAAUUUCGAAUCAAGAUUGGAAGAAUGAGUCGCGGCAAGGCAUUACGUUUGCACACCAAGAUCAACUACCAAAGCUGCCUAUACCGGACCUCGAGUCCUCUUGCACGAAGUACUUAGAAGCUCUAGAGCCGCUUCAGACUUCGAAAGAACACCAUGAGUCCCAGUUUGCCAUCAAGGAGUUCCUGAGAUCCGACGGCCCGGAGUUGCAAGAAAAACUGAAACAGUAUGCGGAAAAAAGGGCGAAUUAUAUAGAACAGUUCUGGUACGACUCAUAUCUGAAUUUCGACAACCCGGUCGUCUUAAACCUCAACCCCUUCUUUCUCCUCGAAGAUGAUCCAACACCAGCCCGGAACAAUCAAGUAACUCGCGCCGCAUCUCUAAUUAUCUCCGCAUUGUCAUUCGUCCGUGCGGUUAGAAGAGAGGAAUUACCACCCGACCAAGUGAAAGGUCAGCCCUUGGAUAUGUAUCAAUAUGCGCGCUUGUUUGGCACCGCGAGAAUACCGACCGAAAAUGGCUGCCAGAUCGGCCAGGACCCGAAUGCGAAACACGUGGUGGUUCUUUGCCAUGGCCAGUUCUACUGGUUCGACGUCUUGGAUGAUAAUUCGGAUCUAAUCAUGACCGAGAAAGAUAUCUCAUUGAAUCUACAGGUGAUCUGCGACGAUGCUUCACUGACCCCAAUUCAAGAAGCGGCAAAAAGUGCGGUUGGUGUACUAUCGACCGAAAACCGUAAGAUCUGGUCUGGUUUGCGGGAUGUCCUGCACCGCGAGGAAGGGUCCAACAAUUCCGAUUGCCUCAACAUUGUCGACUCCGCGCUGUUCGUCGUAUGUUUGGACUACACCGAACCAUUGACCACGUCGGAUCUCUGCAUGAACAUGCUCUGCGGCACCAGUAAGGUCGAACGCGGUGUGCAGGUCGGCACUUGUACGAACCGGUGGUACGAUAAACUGCAGAUCAUCGUCUGCAAGAACGGCAGUGCGGGUAUCAAUUUCGAACAUACCGGCGUGGAUGGCCAUACUGUCCUCCGAUUUGCAUCGGAUGUGUACACCGACACGAUCCUGCGGUUUGCGAAAUCUAUCAACGGCCAAGCUCCGUCGCUAUGGGCGUCGACCUCCCCGGAUCCGGCAAAGCGAGACCCAGAUUCGUUUGGCGAUGUGCAGACCACCCCUCAUAAACUGGAAUGGGACAUGAUUCCAGAGCUCGGUACCGCACUUCGGUUUGCUGAAACUCGUCUAGCCGAUCUAAUCGGACAGAAUGAGUUUGAGACGCUUGAGUUCAAGAACUAUGGGAAGAAUUUCAUGACUUCCAACGGAUUUAGCCCCGAUGCGUACGUCCAGAUGGCGUUCCAAGCCGCAUACUACGGUCUAUAUGGACGCAUCGAGUGUGUCUAUGAGCCCGCAAUGACCAAGAUGUUCUACCACGGCCGAACCGAAGCGAUCCGCUCUGUCACGCUCGAGUCCGUCGAUUAUGUUCGGACGUUCUGGGGGGAGAACCCUCCCAUCAAAAAAGUCGAUGCGCUUCGUAAGGCGUGUCAGAAGCACUCGGCAAAUAGUCGCGAUAGUUCCAAAGCGCAAGGCCAAGAUCGCCACCUGUACGCCCUAUACUGCAUGUGGCAGCGCACCCUGGAAGAUGUCGACUACGAUGCCAUGAGCUCCAACGGCCACUCCUACGCCACCUCCGAGACAUCCGCCAUCGGCUCCCCCACCCGCCGCCGAUAUACGUUAUCCGACGACGGCUCUCCCCAGUACUCCCGAGCUGCUGAGCACGCGCACUCCCUCCCUGCGCUCUUCGCCGACCCCGGCUGGGACAAGCUCACCACGACCGUCCUCUCUACCUCUAACUGCGGCAACCCGAGCCUCCGCCACUUCGGCUUCGGGCCGACCAGCGGGGACGGGUUCGGCAUCGGGUACAUCAUCAAAGAUGGGUCGAUCUCGAUCUGCGCGAGCAGCAAGCAUCGGCAGACGCGUCGGUUCAUCGACGCGCUGGAAGCGUAUUUUCUAGAGGCGCGGCGGCUGAUUAAGGGGAGUCAGCGGGGGAGCUCGGCGGGGGCGUCGAAGGGGUCGAGUAGGGUGCGGGAGGCGGAUGAGAGAAGGGGGAGGGAGAAGGCGGUGGAGGUGGGUGGGGAGUCGGAUGAUGGGCUGGGCGGAUAUGGUUUCUUCGACUCGGGAUUACUUCAAUCGGCGCUCUUAUCCGACAAGGCCGAAGAUCUGCAGGCCUCGAUGCAGAGGGAGAACGUGCGGAGGAAUAUCGGGCGGAGGCUGCAGUUGGUGGAUUAUUGA